ACAAGUUUAGAAGAAUACAGUGCAAGUGAAAAUUUGUAAUCUCGCCGGAAUUCAGCGGAAACCCACCAUCCGGUGAACGCAUCCUCAGGAAGCAACGACAUCGUUUGGGCAACAAGUAGCUAGGUAUUUGACUCUGUUACUUACCUUUAAUAUCUAGCGUUUCUCUCUGAAGCUGGAACCGGCAACCUGCUGCAAUACCAAGCCGCAUCGGAAACGUAACGUACCAGUUUCUAAUACAUAACAUAAAAGGCCCAAACAUCAUUUCCAGUUGCAAUGUCGAAUGAUAAAGACCCUACCAAUCUGUCACGAACCUUCAAAUACCUAUUAGCUACUCAAUUUUUGUCAAGAGGAAUUCCAUUUAUAUUCAAUACAUGGAUUGUGAGGCAUCUUACACAAGAGGACUAUGCGCUGUACGCAGUGCAGUUUCAUCUGUUUGUCACAUGUGUUUUAUUUCUUAGCCGGGAGGGCUUCCGACGAGCAUGCAUGCGGAUGGAUAUGAAAUGUGAUGACACUUCAAUGGAAAAAGACGUUGUGAAGCUAAUGAAAGUAGUAUGGAUGAGUCUCCCACUUGGAAUAUUCAUUACAAUUGUAGCAUGCCUUUUUGUCUUCUGGUGGCAAGGAAUAAGUUAUUCUAGUCCACAUGGGCAAGCUAUUUUGAUCAAUGGUUUUGCAUGCAUAUUGGAGCUCUUGGCUGAGCCUUUGUAUAUUCUUUCACAGAAUUUAGUCUUGCUUGAAUUACGACUGAUGGUUGAGACAGUAGCUACUCUUUCACGGUGCUUGACAUUGUACUUCCUAAUUGUCAAGCAAACUGGAAUGGAAAAAUCAAUCAUAUUUGCAUUGUCGCAGUCUGCAUAUGGAGCCUGCUUAUUUCUUGGUUAUUGGGGCUAUCUGGUUCUUUUCCGCAAAUUUAGACGUUCUUACCUUUUCCCAUUCAGAAAAGAUAAAGUUAUUGAUUUUGACCAGCAGCUGUCCAAGAUGUGUAUGCUGUUUACCUUUCAAUCCUUUAGAAAGUUGGUCCUUCAGGAAGGAGAAAAGAUGGUGCUUGUGUGGUUGGAUACACCUUUUAAUCAAGCUACAUACGGCCUUGUGGACAAAUUAGGUAGCUUAGUGGUGAGACUAGUCUUUUUACCUUUUGAAGAAAGUUCAUAUGCAGCAUUUGCAAGGUCUGCUUCAGGACAAUACCCAGGAAAAAGCAAGAAAUUAGGAAACUGCUUGACAGAGUCCCUGAAGUUAGUUUUGUUGAUUGGCCUUGUUUUUAUGGCAUUUGGUCCAAGCUAUUCUUAUUCGCUCAUUAGAUUGCUGUAUGGCAAGAAAUGGAGUGAUGGAGAAGCCUCAACUGCCCUCCGCUAUUAUUGCUUUUAUGUCAUUGUUUUGGCUAUGAAUGGAACCUCUGAAGCCUUUAUGCAUGCAGUUGCAACAGAGAGCCAACUCAAGCGUUCAAAUGAUUCGCUACUUCUAUUCUCUUUGAUCUAUAUAAUUUUGAAUGUCCUACUAAUAAGGUUAGCUGGGGCAGUUGGCUUGAUUAUAGCAAAUUCACUUAAUAUGUCCUUGAGGAUUUUAUACUCUGCUAUAUUCAUAAAGAAUUACUUCCAGGGGUCUUCCUCAUUUUCUUUCCAUAGCUGCUUGCCUUCGGGAUGGAUUAUUCUGUUACUUUCAGGUGUAAUCACUCUCAUUUCUGAGAACAUAUUUUUGGACCAAGAUAAUUUCUGGCCAACGUUUAUGAUCCAUUUCUCUGUUGGGCUGGCUUGCUUCUUUGUGUCAUCAUAUGUGAUCUAUUGCCGGGAAAAACCCUUCAUCAAAAGAAUUAUUCGCUUUCGUGAUCACUCGGAUUGAAGACUUCUGCAAUUUAACUGUGAGCAAUUUUUGUGCAGUUAGGGGAUGAUGAUGAUUUGACGUUUAGUUUUCUAUAGGUCAUAUUAUGUCCUAAGCAACAGAACAGUGGCCGACGUAAACUCACUGUUAUAAAUUUUGGUAUAUGUAUAAGGGUUUUAUAAAAGUUAUGUUAUAGGAAAAGUGGUCGUGUUAUGUUAUAGAGAUUCAUUUUGCGUGCUGUAGUUUUUUUUUUUUUUUCUUCAAAACAUGCGGACCCCACAAAAUAUUGUGUGUGUAGGAAAUUUUUUGUGGUCAUGUUAAUUGUUAAAUGAUGAAUGCAAACCCCUAUGUAUAAUACUACUU